AUGGAGCUGGGCGACGGCACAACGGACAUUGUCCAUCCUGAAGUUCGGGCACACAUCAGCAGCCUCAUUGCAGCGCUGGGAGGCGCAAGCACGGAGGACGAUGGCCGAUACCACUUGGGAGACGAUGCGUUGGAGGUCCUCCGCGAUAUCAAACGAUGGAUUCGCUUCUACGACGAAAAGACGAACCGCAUGGAUGUUGCCCGCUGCAUCCACGAGGCGAACUUGAUUGAGGGCGACCUGCUCCCGAUUUUGGCGACAUGGCCUGAAAACGCUACCGAUAGCAAGUACAAGUCUCGAAUUGCGCUGUCGUGCUUUGAGAUCAUGGUUCCUUUAACUUGGCCUAUGGAGCGUGAUAAGGAACGGAUGACGGUCAAUCACCAUCGGCACAUGCCUGUGUUGGAGCUUGCACAGGUUCAAUACAAGAGGGCCAUUAUCAACUUUGAUGAAGCUCGAAUACUUCAUGCUGCCGUCAGGACUGCUCUGCCCUCGCUGGCGCUCCCAGCUGGCGACAGAGCAGCACGAGAUCAAGGCAUCAUCAAACUGGUGCUCUUCUUCCUCCGCAAUAUGGCCAUGAUUGCCCCUCCACCCAAUGUUCAAUAUGAGGGUGAUGAAACGCAAAUCUCGCGGUCGGCUACCAUCGAUGCCUUUUCAUACCAAGACAUAUUCUUAUUCCUCCUUACAUUGGCUUCAAACAUGGGUGAUGAUUUCAGAACUGAAGACACCUCUGUCAUGGAGAUCAUCUUCCAUCUCAUCAAACGAGUCGACAUAGAGAAACUCUUUAUGACAGAGCAACAAGUACACAAAGCAAAGGCUAAUGAGCUCGCGUCGCUGAUGAAUAAGGAAUCGGCCAUGCACAAGGCCUAUGCCCGCAACAGCGCAACCAGACACAACCGCUUCGGAACGAUGAUUUGGGUCAAGCGUGAAGAUGGGAAGAUGUCUUCCCUUUCGGGACAAGAUGCCCUUGGCGACGCCUCAACACGUAACCUGAAGAUGGAUAACAACAAAGUGUUCAAACCUCCUCGUAGAACAAGAAAGGAGAAUAAGGAUGAGAGGGACCUAGGCCCGCCGGCGAAGCUUAACGCGCGAGCAGCCGGGCAGCUCCGUUCAUUUGUUGAAGAAUUCCUUGACUCGGGCUUCAACCCCUUAUUUUUACACGUUCGCAAAACGAUUGAUCGAGAGGCUUCGCAUGUCAUGCAGUACCACCGGAGACAAUUUUUCUACCUCGUAGCAUGGUUCCUUGAAGCUGAACGGACGCGAAAAAAGCUGAAGAAAGGAUCUAGUAACAAGGCGGAUGAUGAGGUAUCCAGCUUCAGCCUUGUGGCGGGCGUUUUAAACCAAGAAAUGUUCAUCACUCUCAACAAGGCAAUGCACGAGGCAUAUGAGUACAAGGACUGGCAUGAGCUGGCUGCUGUUAUGAGAUGCUUCACCCAGAUUCUACUCACUGUUCAAGAAAUGUCCGAGAGUGGCCGAGAGGAUGAUGAGGAAAUUGCAGAAAACGUCCUAAGUCGUCUGUUUUACGAAGAAUCGACGCACGAUACCAUCGCCAACAUAAUCAGGACCUACAAAGACCAGGGAUUCUACUACCUAGAUGCUGCUACGGAGCUGGUUCAUCAUUUCCUGCGUAUUCUGGAGGCAUACUCAAAGCAGAAUGCGGAUAUGCAAGUUCGCUCUCGCAAACGAACACGGCAGAAGAAGAAUAAAGAGCAGCAACUGCAGCAGGGUACUGAAGACGGUGCUCUAGCUGAAGAAAACGAUGACUCGGCCAACGAUGAGGAAGCUACAGAACGUACUUCCAAGGAACGCAAAUUUGAUUUCCAACGCUUCGCGGCUCGCUUUUCACCACAAGGCGUGGUGGAUACUUUUGUCAAGUUCACGCGAUUCUAUCGCGAUAUGGAUGAUACCCAGUUAAAGCGCGUCCAUCGAUACUUUUAUCGCCUCGCAUUCAAACAGGAGAUGAGCGUAAUGCUUUUCCGUGUGGAUAUAAUCCAUCUGCUAUACAAUAUGAUCAAAGGCCCCGAGCCUUUAGAUAAGUCUUCAAGCAUGUACAAAGACUGGGAAGAGCUCGUGAAGCAAAUACUUCGCAAGUGCUUCAAGAAGAUUGAGCAAAGGCCAGAGCUCAUUAUCGAAAUGCUCUUCAGCAAAUUGCAAAGCACCGCUUUCUUCCUAGAAUACGGAUAUGAAAAGCAGACCGCUUCCAAGAAGCAGGCGAAGCCUGGGGCUGAACUUGUUUUCAAAUACACAGAAGAGCUCGAUCGGCAAAUCGCCAUCGUGGUUGGUGCACUGCUGGAUAAGAAUGAGGGGGAUCAUAUCAGUUGGGUGAAGGGUGUUAUUGCCGAAGCCGAAAGCGAACGCCGAUCGUGGGCUGCUGCUGAAGAAGCCUUGGCAACAACAGAAAAUCCUUUUGAAGAAUCAACGGAUGCCAACGAACCCAAAGAACCGAGCAAACCUCCCCCCUUCAACGUACGACCUGAUAGCGACGAGAGACGCACCGCUAGAUUUAAGAAUCCAUAUCUGCGUCUUCUACUAAAUCUCUGCGGAUUUCGGCUGUUCGGGCCUGCCUCAGAGGAGACGCCCGAGUCCCUCUGGGUACUCCCAGAAGAUAUCACUGCCGACUCACUCAAAGAUUCAUUGCAUUAUAUCAACCAAGCGGAAUUCAACCCCCCAACAUUUGACGAUGGACAGCUGGCUGAAAAUCAGCUCAAGAGAAAAACACUGCCCCGCAAGAAGGCAAAUUUUGAUGAUGACGAAGGUGACGACAUAGAUGACGAGAUUCUAUUUGAACCCGGCGGCCCGACGGCAAGGAAAGUAAUCGAUGAGUCAGAGAGACCCAAAAAGACAAGAAAGAGAAGACGGAGAGAUAGUCAAGUACAGGAACUAGAUGACGAAGAACUCGAAGAAAAAGCUCGCAAGCGGCGCGAGCGAGAGCGAGAAAAGGCCCGCAAGAUCAAAUCCGCCGUGUACGUCAAAGAUGGAGAUGAUGAAUUCGACGAGGAGGAGGACGAGGCUUUUUUCGCCCGUGAACGCGAGAUUGCCGCUCGUGCUGCAAAGGCUGCGCAGUCAGCUGUGGAUCCUGAACCGGUGAAGAAACGGAAAGCUGCUAGGGUGCAGAUUGAUAGCGAUGAGGAGGAUGAGGGUGGUGAAGACGACGAUGUCUUGGGCUUGAUUAAUGACGAGGAGGCGGAAAGUAGGGAUGAUACCCCCAUGGGAGAGAGCGAUGGCGAGAGUAGGAAGAAGAGGAGACCUCAGCAGGUGGAAGACAAUGCCAAGGAAGAUGGCGAUGACGUUCCUGUUGUGACUCGCAGACCGAGGGUGCGCGGUGGCUUUGUCAUAGACAGUGAUGACGAGGAGUAG